AUGUAUUUGGGGGUCAACUCACAGUUUACACAACAGCAUAUACAGGAAAAUCGUUUGUUUUACACAUUUCGACGUGUCUUGGAUGACGGAACAAAGGUUCGUGCUAAAGAUACAGUAAUGGAUGGAUUUGAUUUUCGAGUUCAUGUGCCAGGUGCACAACUGAAGGCAGUGUAUCACUUCCAAAUCGCGAUUCGAAAUUCCCCAGACAUAACCCAUCCACACAUUCGAAUUCACGAAACCGUCGAGAUUGUUCAGGAAACAGCAAGAGUAUUGGAAGGAGGUACAAUAGCAUUUCGGCCGGAUAUAUUUUAUGCAAAACAGUCAGAAUGCACACCUCCAAAUUUGGGUAUGUAUUUUCAACUUUUGAACUUGCCGGACAACGGUAUAUUACAGUUGCGGGACGAAAAGAACUCAUCGCAGACAUUUCCGAUGAAACGGUUUACCUUUUAUUCAACGGAUGUCAUAGAUAAGAGACUUAUGGUUUAUCAACACGAUGGAAGUGAAACACCUAAUGAUGUCUUUCAGUAUCAGUUUGUUUGUCAAAUGAAAGUAUCAAUGUCCACUGUGCAACAGAGUCAUUCAGUGGGAGAACCGAUGGUCGGAACAUUUCGGCUGGAUAUUGUCUCCGUUAACGAUAAUCCGCCGGUUUUGAACACACAACCACUCUCUGUGUCAUUCAACCAAACCACUCCAAUUUCAGCUAGAUGGAUCACAAUAUUGGAUCAAGAUACUCUUGGACGAGGACCACAAAAUGAUCCCAAAACAUUUCCACUUACCUGGACCAUUAUUCCCGAGUUUCAGCGAAAGGAUUGUGCACCAUAUCCACUACUUGGUCAGUUUCAAAAUCCCAUUACAAAUCGCAGAGUUGACUCAUUCUCAAUGGAUGACGUCAUUCGGGGAAAUUUGAGUUUUUUACACAUGGGUCUACCAAAGGGGAAAAUUAAAUUGCAUGUGACUGACGGAAAGUUUCACUCCAGUUCGGAGGUGUUCAUCAAUGCGUCUAAAGUAGUGUUUAUGGUUGUAGCCCCCAUCAACCCAAUUGUGGAGGACUCGGAAAUUGGAGCUCCGUUGUUUUUCGAGGUACGUUACUAUUAUAUUCAAGAAUAUAAUGAAUUUCUAUUGGAAUGA